UACUCAGAAAGGAGGCAGCUCUGAGAAUGAGAUGUGGCUAAUAAUUGAGAUUGGAUAGUGCGUGUCAAUAGAGUGAGACAGGCAAUUAAUAUUCAAUAAAGAGAGCUGUGACCAAUAGGGGUAAAUUUGUGUACUGGACAAAGAGACAAGCUCAGUUACUGCCAGAGGUAAGUGGUAGGUGCUGAGCAGGAGGUAGUGUGAUAGAUUUGUGUGGGCCUUGAGAUGAUUGAAAAAAAAUUUCAGGUGCUGGGUAAAAGAAGAGCUGAGAAAGACGUAGCCUGAUUGAGAGACAAAAAAUAGGAAUACUGAGCAAGUGAGAGAGGGACCUGAGACAUCACUCUGCUAUAUAUAUCAGCUGCUACCAACCAAAGUUGAAUGGGUUCUGAGCAAAAGUGAGGCAUGUUGCUGAAAAGUGGCAGAGGUAGUAAAGCAUGCAAAAAGAAAUGAGGGAUUGACUGGCAGAGAUGGACAGAUGAGUACUGAGUGAGAAAGAUACAACUUUUAGUACCAUGUCACACAGACCCCCAGAAAAGUUACUAACAUAGAUUUGUUCUGAGUCCGACUGUUUGGGAACAUCAAACAGUAAAAGAUGGCUAAAUUGACAGAUGCCAAGAAUGGUGGAUGUAGACCAGACCAACAGGCUUAUUUUUCUAAAGUAAAAGAACAGUCCCUAUAAAAAUUAAUAGAAAGCUGUGAUGUGCUCUGAUGUACUGUGGUGAGCUGCCUUUUCAUCAAGAUGCCCCUGAAAGAGUGCACUGUGCAGGUGAAGCUGGAGCUGGGUCAUCGUGCUCAGCUGAGGAAGAAACCCACCACAGAAGGGUUCACUCACGACUGGAUGGUGUUUGUCCGUGGUCCAGACCCAUUUGACAUACAACAUUUUGUGGAAAAGGUGGUGUUCAGGUUGCAUGAUAGCUUUAAUAGACCCAAGAGAGCGUGCAAGGAACCUCCAUACAAAGUGGAAGAAUCUGGUUAUGCUGGCUUCAUUCUGCCAAUUGAGGUGUACUUUAAAAACAAGGAGGAGCCUAAAAAAGUUUGUUUCACUUAUGAUCUCUUCUUAAACUUGGAAGGAAAUCCACCUGUAAAUCACCUGCGCUGCGAAAAGUUGACCUUCAACAAUCCCACAAAGGAAUUCCGUAGGAAAUUGCUCAAAGCGGGUGGGGUAAUGGUAAUGCCAGAAGGGGCAGAGACAGUUUCCAGGCCAAGUCCAGACUAUCCUAUGCUACCCACAAUACCCCUCUCUGCAUUCUCUGACCCCAAAAAGACUAAACCUUCUCAUGGCUCAAAGGAUGGAAACAAAGAUGGCAGCAAGAUCUCAAAACCCCAUAAAGUAACAAAAGAGCAUCGUGAACGUCCAAGAAAAGAUUCCGAAAGCAAAAGCAAAGAAAGUGAACAAAAUAAACAAGUCAAGGAAUCUUCCUCUUCAUCGCGUAAGCCAGUUGAGAACAAGCCACUCAAGGAAGAAAAAGCCCCUCUUAAAGCUGCAUUCAAGGAACAAAAGUCAAGUCUGAAAGAACCUAAAUUGGAAAACAUGUCUCCUAAAGGUGGUCCAUCUGAUGUCAAGCCAUCCAACAAGAGGCCACCCAACACAGAUUCCCCCAAAUCAAGUAGCAAGAAGCCAAAAAAAGGCAUCUCCAAAGGAUUUCCCGUUUCUGGAACAUCGCCUAGAGGUCCUCCAAAUCCUACUACCAACUCUUCUUCAUAUCCAGAAAAGAAGCCAGUAAAGGAAAAGCCUGGCAAUAAACCAGAGAGGCCCAAAACUGAGAAUGAAGUAAAAAAGCCAACUGGGGCAGAGGAUUCAAACUCUGAUGAAGAAGGUUCGUCAGAGUCUGUCCCAUCUAGCCCUUCCAAUAGCAGCUCCAGUUCUGACUCCACCUCGGAAUCUGACUUCGAACCUCCUCAGAACCACAGUCAGGGCCCCCUUCGUUCAAUGGUGGAGGAUCUCCAGUCAGAAGAGUCUGAUGAUGAUAGCUCUUGUGGAGAUGAGGCAGUUUUAAAGAACAAGAUGUCAAACCGAGAUUCCAGGAUGAGUCUUAGCGACAGUGACAGCGAUAGCAGUGAUGACUCUUGCGCACCUAGCCGAGGUCCAGUCCCUGUACAGAAGAUGCCACCAGUUAAUAAGAAUACUGGCCGGAGAAGUCCAGAACCUUGCACUAAAUCAGACAAGAUGCUAAAGAAAGGGGUGUAUGACAAGGCUUACACAGAUGAAUUGGUUGAUUUACACAGAAGGUUAAUGGCUCUUCGAGAGAGGAAUGUCCUACAACAGAUUGUCAACCUCAUCGAAGAGACCGGCCACUUUAAUGUCACCAACACAACUUUUGACUUUGAUUUAUUUUCUCUGGAUGAAACGACAGUACGCAAGUUGCAGAGCUACCUAGAGACUGGAGCCACAUGACCACAAAGAAGAGGGGGAAAGAAGGAGAGGAACACACUGUGCAUACGGCAAUUUGCACUCAGGCAUUCUCCUCCACAGUCCUCCUUGAACUAGUUCAGAUAACCAGUGAAGAGAGCCUUAGGGAUCAACCAGCCAUUUCUAACCAAUAGGAUAUCUCCCACUGAGACACCUAGGCUUCUCCAGUCAUGUCUUCACUCCUGUGUGUAGCAUUUUAUCCAAUAGGAUUUUAUAAAUCCCCACUACCAUGGAGAGCAUAUGGGUUAAUGCAAACGUUUAAGCUUAUGUUACUUUCAAAAUACAGAUAUAAAUUCACACUGCAGAACCUGCCUUCCCUAUUAUCGUCUACGGGGGUUUUAGGGAAGCGGGUGGGGGUAAAACAUAAAUAUCUUGCACAGUUACAUAUUAGAUGAGGGAUAAUGUCCAUCAUGUUCAUCUAUGAAAUGUUAAAACACGUAAGCAUGCAUAUUUUAUGUGCAUGCUACACAAACACUCCUAUUCCAUUACUGUCAUUUAGCCUAUCGUCAAAAUGCAUCCCAUGUGUCAUGAUACAGGUAUGUCUGUAUUUUGAGACUUUUCUUGGGGGAAAAAAUGAAGGUUUCUAGUAGAUAAUGGAUACACUAGAUUGGAGAUAUGAAACACUUUGUCUCCUUGUGCCACAGACUUCUUCUCAUCAAGUGAGAGACAAUAUUAAGGUGGCCAGUAAGAGAUGGAAAACCGUUUCGUAAACAUUAUGGAAUUUCGAAUCUGUAAGCUGUAUAGUAUAUAUAUUAUAUAUAUAUAUAUAUGUGUAUGUAUUUUAUGUAUAAGAGGGCCUGGAGAGGCACUUGUUUUCAUUUUUUUGUUUCCGAGGGGUGAAGGGAUGAGGGUGGAACAAGGAUUUUUUUCCCCUUAUUUUUUAGUAUGUUCACUUUAAAUAAUGAUCAUAUUUUAUCUACUAUUUUUUAUUUCAAGGAGCUGAAGAUGUGAGAUGUAAGAGGAAACUGUGGAGGGUUUUAUUGUUUUUAAAAUGCGACCAUCAUUGAAGCUGACAUUUUAUAUAUUUUUUUUCCUGUCAUGUAAAGGGGAUGUAUUUUGUUCACAGUGGGAGCAGAUUUUAAGUGUGGGUUUGGAGGAUCAGUUAGUUAGGACUUUGCUGGUUUCCCUGGUGUUGCAUUUCUGGCCUCUGAUGAUUGCAGUGGAGCUCUACAGGGCCGCCCAUCACUUGUGAAGCCACAGCAAAACGGUCGGGAUGCACCGCACUACAGUGUCUUUUUAUUCCCCAGCACCCUUACUCAUUAUUCUCUUCCAGUUCUGCAAACAAAUAUCCCUAGAUACAAGUGCAAAACACUAAAGGAACUCUUUUUAUAAUGCUCUUUUUACUUCUUCCCCGCCUAAACUCUCUACAGCCCCCGUCAGUCCCUGCAAGGACCAAAUUCAAAUGUAUUUAAGGUUUGAGACCUUUUUUAUAUAUCCUGUUCAUAUCAACGACUUUUCCAUAUUCAUCUGUAAGUGUAGAAGUGUUUCCAGAUUUUGCCGUCCCUGUUUUUCAUGCCGGGUUCUUCCCUGGUUUGAAGGAAACACUAGAAUUCUGCUUCACCCUAUCCCUACAGCAUUGGAAUGGGAUUUCCCCUGUGGGUCGUUCCAGUGGCUGCAGUGAUAUUGCAGUAUGUGCAUCAUUGUAUUUGUGACUGAUAGAAGCCAACAGUUUGGAUCUUCCUUAUGGUGUUAACUUCCCUUUUCUCACUUGAUAUCAGUAUUUAUUGUGAACCACAAUGAGACUUUGUCGUCUUGUUGAGGUUUUCUAGGCUUGUCAUAGAUGGAUAGGGGAACAUGUUUUGGCUGUAAGCACUUGCGUCUGUUGUACUUAGAGCAGUAUGAAUGGAAUGAUAUCAGUGCAGUAUAAAGGGGGGGGGAUAUACCCGAGAUAUAUACACAAUGUAAACAGCAUUUAAUUUCUUGUAAAUUGACAAUAUGUGUUCAUACUAUACGGUGUGAAUAGAACAUUCCUCCUGGACAUAUUGGCAUUUAGGGCAGAGACAAUUUACCUUUAGAUUUCUGCCCAACGCAACUGUUCCAGAGUAUUUUCCAGAGACUCUGUGGCCUUUACCGGUUGAUGCUGUUCUCAUGCUGUAUAGACAGAAUUCCAAGUCUAGUCAAGCAGCAUGACGGUUCACUUCCUAUGUGUGAAUGCAAAGAUGGAGGGAAGGAGCAUUCUUUGCACACUCUUAAGCUGCGCCUUUGUGCUUUAAUGGCUUUAUAAGGCAUUCGGUGUAUCCAUGACUCCUUUCCGAGUCACUUCUUGGAAAAUUGGCUUCAGCGUACCUUGGAAUCACUUAACGGUUUCUGAUAAAUCCAGUGUACAAGAAGCGCUGAAGCAACAAAAUGGUACAUAAAGAAUAUUUAAAGAUACACAUCAUGUCACUGCCAUUGGUCACAAAAGACAUGGGAUCCAUGAAUAUUGCACUCCUAAAUAUCCGUAGUUGCUGGAUUGAAAAUGUUAAGCUGUUUCUUAUCUGCCUGCUGAAUGCCUAUGCUAAGCUCAGUAUUGUUAGCAGCAGUAGAAAGGUGGGGGCAUCUCUGGGAUUUUUCAUUCAAACGAAAGGUUGGUACCAACUACAUAUUGUAUCUGGUGCUCAGGUCUCAUAAAUGAUGGUAAUGUUCCUAAAAUGAUAUGCUUUUAAACAUUUUUAACUUGCUAGUUGUGACUUAGGCUGUGUUUUUAAAUAGAAAUAUAUUGGGAGGCUCUUGUGCGCCCCCCCCCCCAUAUCAGCAAGUGAACUUCCAUGGGUCUGUAAACCAUUAAUAGAACAGUUUCAUUGUCCACAAAGUAUUUAUUAUUGUAUUAUGCAAAAUGUGUCAUGAACCCCCUCCCCCCCAUCUACAUUUUGAAACUGUAUUGCUAUCAACGAAAGAUAUUUGGUCCUGUAUUUUUAUUUUAAUAUUGGGAAUUUGCAAGAGUUUUUAUAGGAAAAAAAUGCAAAAUAAAGAUGGAGAAAUUCUA